UUUUUUUUCUACCUGUUUGAUUGUGUAUUUGGCUAUGGCUAGAAGCGUUUUUGUGCAUCUUCCCAGAUAAUUUUAAUGGUUAUAAAAUUCUUUCAAAAUGACGGCCUAGCCGCAUUCUUAAUAGCAAUAACAUUAAUCAUAGAUUUAUGUGACUUAGUUGAGUAUUUAUUUUUUGGAUUGAAUGAGUGGCAACUGUACAAGAUAUUAAUUCCUAUGGACAACAGGGCCGAGGCCGAAGAAACUUUACUUGACUCAGGCUUACUAACGUAUAAUGUGUGCCCAUUAUACAUCAUAUUUAACUUAACCUAAACUCUAAUUGCUGGGCUUGAUUCCACUCAAACUUAACACUGCCAUCACCCGCGGUCCUGAGUUCGUGACCCGGGGUGAGCCUAAUGGGAGAUGGCGAGAAUGAAUAUAGAUUUUUUUCCGGGAGGGCGCCAGGCUAGCUCUUGCUACUAACCGAUGACUUUGUGGAUCGUUGGCCCCAGCGUGGCCUACUAGGCUCGAUGGCUGAGGUUGAAGGUGGGGUUAAAAUAUGUACUUUGCUAUAUGACCAGAAACAGCAAAUAAAUGAAAACAGGAUAGACUGAAAAAUGGUGUGGGUAUAUUACAUAAUGGUUUCUCGUACAUGGUGCUGCCACAGUACCCAGCCCGAUGUGUUAUGGUGCCGGAGCAUGGCUCUGUGUACUGAUGGAACCAGAGAAUUACAGUUACAACUGCUAUUAAUAUGCUGAUUCAAAUGUCUGAUGGCAAAGUUGUGUUAAAUGUCCGCGGAUGGCAAUGCGUUGUUACAGACUUAGUGAUGCUUAGAAGUUCGUGGCGUGGCACACAACACUCACUAGAUGAAGACAAAGCAUAGAAUAAUUAACACUACAAGAAACCCUAAAAUUACAUAUGCCCUUCAUCAAAACACAUGCGCGAAAGCUGUGGCGUGUUAACGUGUCUCACGAAUACUAAAAUUCAGUUCACUCAUGUUACUUAUCGCCACAAGGAUGGUGCUAUACGGUACAAGAUGGAUGUUUGCUCUUGAGCAUGGGCGCAGGCUCUCACGUGCAUAGACGCGGUCUACAACUCAGUCCCGCGGAGAUGACAAUUAAGACGUAACAAAGUUCAGAAUAGCGUUUACACAUAUCGUCCGGAGACGGCCCACACGGACGACAAGGAAAAUGUUCACGAGUGUGGCCUAACUCCCAAGGGUGGGACACACGUGGCUCGUCAGCUACAAAAGAACAGGCGAAGUCCGCGGUGGCUAACAGUAACUCGAGCUAAGAGGUGAGUUCGGUAAAACUUGACCUAGUUUGGGGCCGGCCAGAGCCGAUGAGAACUGACUAGGAAGAACUUACACUAUCGCGGCUAAUAGAAGUGAGAAACAAAUCGGUGAUGAUCCCGUGGUGUGUUUGCAUCCAGCCCCUGAGCCAGUCAGACGUCAACUGGCGCACAGACGGAGGUCGCGUUUCCCUUGUGAAGGAUUUGCACAGUGAACAAUAUUUGAUUUCUGAAGUGCUACAAAUGACGAUGAAAUUAUAAUUAACAUUUACUUAUUAAAGAAAAUAAAUAAAAGUUUGGGGCUUACAUUUGACGGAUUGAUAUCCACCUGGCAUGGUAGACUAACACAUGCACACUCAACAGCUUCACGGGCGGCUAUCAAUUUAUUGGCCGCAGGGCCGUUCCACCCAGUUGCGUCUUCAACUCUGAGCGAGUGCUAUGGGUGCGUUCCGCCUUCGGGGUCUGGUACUGGUGGGGUGGGGACUGUGCUUGUGCAAUGUCAACACACAAGAUGUUUAUAGCUACAAGCAAUAACUUACGAGUCCAUAUUGUACGAGAGGGGCUUUUCCGUAAUACUAAGGAUAAGGCUGCGGAGAUGACUGACAGCGGCCACAGCGAGGCGCCCGCGGGCAGCGCGUGGGUGCGCUUCGAGGAGGAGGGGGGGCAGGCCCCGGGAGCGGCCGGGGAGCAGGAGUACAGUGGGGCCGUCAUCAGCCCCGAGACGGUGCACGUGAACCUGGGCCGCUCGGUGAGCCCCGAGACGCGGCCGGAACCACCCCCCGCGCCGCAGCCCCUGGAGGCCCGCGACCUGCGCACCGUGGACCUGGGCGAGGCCAGCAACGGCCGGUCCGUGCCUGCCCCGCGCCCCGGCUCUGUCGUCAGGCAGGGCUUCGCGAACGGAGACAUCAUAGUGACGCUCCUGCCGGCCAACACGAGGUGGCCGUGGGUGACGCCUGCUCAGUUCCGGCCGGAGCUGGUUCCAGAGGAGCUCAUGGCCCAGAACCUCACCCUCACCGUGGAGGACUACGUGCACGUCAUGGAGAUCCUGACCAACGACUUCCGCUUCAACCUGUACAACGUGUGCUACAAGCGCAUCCUGGUGGCGUGGAUCUUCACCGCCUUCGUGGUGCUGCUGGGCCUGCUGUUCUCGGGCGUGACGGGCCUCACGCUGUUCGGGCUGGGCGUCAUGUGGUUGGUGCUCAACGCCGGCGCCAUCUUCCUCUGCAUGUGGCUCAAGAUCAAGCUCAACAAGAGCUUGGAGCAGUGCAUGGCUCAGGUCAACAAGCACUUACUGCGCCACAAUGUAAUCUUGGGGCUGGAUGACCGCGGCAAACUGUCCUGCCACAAGGUCAACCUUUGCUUUAUUUACUUCGACACCUCCGACUGCAUUAAGAAGCUGCAGGAGGUGCUGGAGCGCGAGGAGCGCGAGGGCCGGCCCGUGAACCGCGAGGAGACGGCAGACGAGCGACGGCACAGGCUGCAGUUCCAGCAGCGGCUGGACAUCGAGGAUCGCGACAUCAUCAUCCAGGGCAGCAACACCACGCGCCUCUCCAGGAAGCAGGCCAGAGGAGAACAGUUGCUCACUAGGUACGCUCAGCGCUGGGCCAAGGACUUCCUCCGGCGCCGGAUAGACUGGACGGUGGACGAGGAGGGGGGAAACCCCACGGACCCCCGCCACCUGUCCUGCGCGUUGUGCCCUUGUCAGUACAUCGAGGAGUACCUGCGCAACAAGCCGCGCAGCCACAGCCGCGACCUGUGCCCUUGCUGGGCGGCCUACCUGGCCGAGCGGGAUAUAAAAUCAGCCUCCCUUGCUUGGCACUUGGAUGCGAUCAGCAAGUCACCUCACUUGCUCGGCACUGAUGUGUGUGUCUGUCCACUUGUAGUAGGACGGCUGGAGAGUGUAGAGGACUGGCUUGCGCGUGCAUGUGACGGUGGCGGGCUGGCUUGUCGGCAGGAGCGCGCGGAGCUGGUGCUGCUGCGCUACUCGCACCGCUGGGCGCGGGAGUUCGUGCGCCGGCACCUCGACCUGACGGUGGACGGGGCCGACCGCAGGGCGCUGCCCCUCUCCCCCCUGCGACACUGCUUCUCCUCCAAGUGCCCCUGCCAGUUCGUGGAGGAGCACCUCAAGUACAAGCCCAGAGGACCGUUCAGCAUCUGGACGAACUUGAGCGAUCCACACUACCACUACCAGUACUGAGAACAGUGAGUAGCAGCUUGGUCGAGUAGCGCUCACCCAUCACAGUACUUCGCUCACUUAGUUAUACAAACGUCUUUGUGUCCAGCGAUUGUGAAGUACACUUUCAUGGUGCAGCAUUUACAUUGCAAUAAAUUGUACUAGACUAUGGUAUACACUGUGUGCAUUUAUAUUUGCAAGGAAGUUUUUAUUUUAAAUAGUUAUUUCAAUACACAUUUUUUAAUUGUUGGUGAUAAGUGUAUAAUUUUGGUUGUCACGGAAAGCGGUCUGACUGCAUUAUAAUUUUUAAUUGAUAACAAAUUUAAGUAAUACUUUUUGGAUGUCUUUAUAAUACAGCAUGUAUUACAUAGUUACUGCUUUUUAUGUUUGUUAUUUGUUUAAGAAUUCUUAAUAGCCUUAUGUAAAUUUUAUCAUGUGAAGUAUUGUUAUAGUACCACUAAAGUUAUUAUAAUGUUAUAUUUUAUACAAUGAGCUAAUUAAUUCUCUAGCUGGAAGUUUUACUAAUGUUUUACUGCAUGGAGUGUUCUAUUUGUAUUCUGAAUACACACUAUGCCAUGGUAAAGGUUUGUUAUAAAUGUAACAGUUUUGGUAGUUUUAAUUAUAAAAAUAGGUUUAUAUCUACACAUAUCAAAGUUACUUGCAUUUAAAAUUAACAUUAUUAUGUUAAGUUUUGCAUUGUGAUGAAAAUUGAUACAGCUAUAAUUUCUAUUUUUUUUUUUUGUGUGUGAUCUUUGUGAAAGUACAUGUUUGUUUAAAAUUAGAGAGAGUUCAAGAGAAGCAGUCAUCAUAAGGAAUAUGGGAUCAGGGAUCACACUGUUGUUGCUGGUUAUUAGCAUAACCUAACAGGUUAAUUAACACUCGUAGCACAGAUGUUGAGUCCUUUAACGGGAUUGUUGAAAAAGAUGUGGCAUGAAGGAAUGUUCGUGAUAAUGAUUUUUUUUUUUUCAGUUUUAGGCUCUAUUCGGGGUAUAGGAUGUAAAGAACCUUGCAUCGACUCACCACAGAGCAGAGAGGACUUAUGAAUCAGGGUGUGGGUACCACCUGUAUGGCGUUGAGGAUCUAAUGGGAAGUUGUGUUAAGGGGAAGAGAUAGGAACUGAAAAGGCCGUCUUCGUUUCCAUUUUGUAGGGCUUUCUUAAUUUAAUAUCAUAUAAUUCUCGAAAUGUAGCUCGUUAAAGUUAGAGGUGCCUAGAGCUAGUUUUGACCUUUUUUUAAGCUAAAGAUUACUCUAGCUUAAGAUUAAUUAGGCAAUUCUGUAAAUUAUUAUAUAGACAAAAUUUAUGUCUUGAUAACCAGCUGGACUCUGUGGAUGGUUAUGCAGCGCGCUGCCUGACUUGGCUAGUGUAAUAAGCCUCUUUGAAAUCGACAGUUUCAGACAGUAUGACGUGCAAUCAUUUGCGGUUUCAAGUUCGCGACUAGGGGUGAACUUAGUGUACUGGGUGCAUUACUGUGGUUGAAGUCCAGUAGACCCGUAACAAAAUUUGCUGUCGUGUGUUAUCAGCUCCUGCGUGGUUCUGUAAGUUCGUCAGAUUAAAAUCUAAUUUGCUAGCUGCUGGUGUGAAGAACAGCUCCCUAUUCGGCAUAAUUUGCUGGUUCUUCUAUAGUAUUUUGUGGGUUACUCUAAAUAAUACAUAGUUGUUCGCAAGACAUGUUUAUUCACACAAUUAAACUCAUGGAACACUUAAAUAUGCUCAGUAAUAUUUGCAAUUGCACAUGAAAAAUUAUAUUUGAUAUAAUGCUUCCUAGCGGCAGUCGCACUGGGGUUGCUAUUGUAUGGAUUCGGCCAGUGCCGUAAAUUGAGUUGAAUUUUAAGGCAACCGGGUUAAGCCCUCUAUUGAAAAUGACAUGGGGACAUGAGGAGGCCAAAUUAAUAAAAAAAAUUAGAUUGAAAAUUAUUUUAAUAACAGAAUGAAAUUUCUAUGAAAUGUAACUCCAUGGAACUGGAUGAGCACAAUAAUGAUCAUUACACAUUCAAAAAAAUCGUAAAGACAUAAAGGUGGGGCGAAUUCACUGAAACUAUUUUCAGUCAAUAGAGAAUCUCUGAAAGUUUUAUUUACAAAUUACAGUGACUCAAUAUGUGCUCCUCGAGUUACGCGGUAAUAAUCGAGGCAGUAUUUUAACUCGUCCCACACUUUUGCAAUGUGUCGGUGGUGAUAGACUCAAUUGCCACUGUGAUUAUUUGUCUCAGAUCUGGCAACGAUAGCGACAGAGGUGGCACGAACACUUUGUCUUUGACAUAACCACACAGAAAGAAAUCGCAUGGGGUUAAAUCUGGUGAUCACAGUGGCCAUCAGCACAACACCGCAUCGUCGACACUUGCACAACCAAGCCAUCUCCCAGGGAGAUGUGUGUUUAGAUGUUCCCUCAUAGCCAAGUGGAAAUGAGGUGGUGCACCAUCUUGUUUGAAGGUAAAGUCGUUUGAAUCUUCUCCCAACUGAGGCAGAAGCAACAAUAUAAUCAUGACGAGGUAGGAAUGGCCUGUGGCAGUUUUUUCGAUGAAAAAAAAAAGGGCCCGUAAAUCUUCACCCUCGACAUUACACAGAAUAUGUUCACUUUCGGGGAAUCUCUCUAAUGCUCUAUCGUGACAUUAGGAUUUUCCGUUCCCCAAAAAACGCAAAUUGUAGCUAUUCACUUGGCCAUUUAUAUGGAAUAUAGCCUUGUCACUAAAAAAUUAACCUCAUAUGUAGGUUGUGGUCGUUGUCGAUCCUCGCUAGCAUCUCGGAGAAGAAAUGUGUAACGUGCACCGUAAUAAUUUUUUUGAGUGCCGUGCCCAACUAGAUUCGGUACGGUUUCAUGCGCAAACUUUUGCGUAAGAUUUUCGAUAGCUUUGUUUUUGGCAUCUGUAGUUCACGACUUGCUCGCCUGGUUGAUUUCCAUGGGCUACGCAAAAAUGAUGUUCGAACAUGGUACACAUCUAUCUCGGGCACAGAGGACCAACCAUGAUUCUUGCCUUUGGAAACGUAUAUCCUUUCUCUUGAAAUGUUUUGUACCAGGCAUAAAUGAGUGACUGGCUUGGUGGUUUCGCAUCAAAAUGUCUGCGAAAUUUACAUUGCACAAUAGUCACUGACUACGUUUUCGCUAACUGAAGCAAGAACCAACUUUUCUGCUGUGCGGUAGGGGCCAUUAUAAGCACUAGCUGAUUAUAGUGGACGCAAUCAGCAACAAACGAAUUCGAAAUAUUAAAAAUAUAUAUUUUAGGUAUUCUAAUUGGCUGAAAGAAUUGUCAGGUCAAACGUCCCUGUCAUUUAUAUUUAAUGAUUUUUGAAAGUGUACUGAUCAUAUGUGCUAUCUGUAUAUAUUCUGGCUCUAUUAUUUGGACUUUUUAACCUUUUUGAAAGGGCCGAAAUUAUAUCGUUUAUAAAAGAAUAUUUAAUACCAGUAUACAAACAUAAAAUGGAUAGCCGAGAAGUAAAGGCACUCUACAUGUGACUUGAGGGUCGUUGGUUCGAAAACCACCCUCCUCCAAAAUAGUUUCAACUUAUUGAAAUAUUUUAAUGAACCAAUAGAAGAACUAGCAUAAAGCGAUUUUUACAGUAGUAGUAACCAAGUAACCAAGUAACAAAUACCGGAACAAAAUAAAAUAUGACAAUCCACGACAAUAAUGCGCCUCGCAGGCAACACUAGCACAACUAUCGAACCGUUGGGCAGGAUUGCAAAUGAAAAAGACGAAAAUCCCGAUUUAUUCUUUUUUUUUUUCCUAACCUAACUAAAACUAAGUGUAUUUUGGAGGGGUCCGGGUUAGGGAGGGACCUAGGUGCGUCUCAGGCCGAAGCCUAUACGCCUAGUCAUGCUGGGAUUAGCCAUGCAAGGAGAGGGUCGCAUGCAUCAUGUGCUAGGAGGGGAUUGGCCAGCCAUGGCAGCGAUUGGCGCCAUGACUAACUCCCCUCACUCUUAAAUCUAGACUAUAACUAGAGAUAGGUUGGGCCCAGGUAAAACCUGCAUAGACACAGGGAAAACCCUGGGCACAUUCAUGCGGGAUGCAAAUUGGCAUGCAUUACGUGUAGGAGUUUACAGGAGACAGAGGAUGGUCUGGAUGAAGUGUUGGACAGAGUAGAAAAGAGUCUACCAUGCGGGGGUUGGGAACUUGGACUCGUAGUCCGCUUUGCUUUUUAUCCAGGACUGGAUUUAGUGACCAGGGACGCAAGCGCCCCUGGUGGUGAGUGGUUGCACUGACCACUCACUCCGCCGCCAGUCAGCACCUAAAAAACUAAGAAACUAAAACAGAAAAAAGAUAAAUGACUUACAAACUAGGCAUUUCGUUACGAAAUAUGCAAACACCCAACUCUGGGAUGGACGUGCAGUGCUUAAGAUAAAACUAAAAUAAGAACUAAAAAUAUAUAUAUAUUUUUUUUUAAUUUUUUUUUAUUUUUUUUUUUUUUUAGAUUUUUUAUUAUUAUUUUAGAAAUAUAUAUUUUUGAUGACUAUUACUUAGUAUCUAGGGCUUAUUACUAAUUUACAAAUCUCUAAUAUCUACUACUAUACUACUAGUUAUAUAUAGAGGAACUGUCGGUGUAUAAAGUUACAGGUGAAUUAAAUCAAGACCUAUUCGCAUUCUGGCAUGGUUGCAAGCUUGUAAUUCAAAAUCCCAUGUCUUUCAGAAACACAACCGGCACUGGAGGUGAAGCCUGCCAGGCGGGCCAUGCCCAUCGUACAUAGGGAGUCAGCCCUAACACAACAGGCAGUGAACUCCCGGGAGCCGAACCUACACCUGCGUGCUUCGGACCAUUUUGAAUAAGCAAAUUAUUCGUUAAUGUCUAUAAUUUAAGUUUCAACUCGCGGGAGACUGAUUGGCCGAUCGCUCAGCCAGCCACAGCACACUACGGAGCCUGUGAGCGAGUGUCCACACGCGCACAGUCCAAGCCAGAGUGGAAGGAUGUGACACGAGACAGACAUGCCCUGCACCGCCCUGUGCUCCAGUUGUUGGCAAACAGUUGUGAAGCAGAUUUAUCUUGUUUUAUGUUAAAGAGUUUUAACCCCACAACUAUCUGUUGUGUGUUCACGUCCCUCCUAUCCUGCCACUCUGUGUAAACAUAACUGUAACUUUGUGACUCAAGAGUCGGCUGUUAAGUGCGUUCACAAGUGUCAAUUAUUUACUGUUAAUACAUAUCUUUGUCCAGAAUAGUGCCUUGGACACAUCUGUAGGUGAAGCUACUCUCUUAGCAUAAUACAGUGUUAUUGUUCUUAUGUAUCUAAAGCAUUAAAUGUUUUUAAUCACGGUA